AGGUUUUGAAUUCCCAGACUCUGAGUCAUCCAUUGAGACACCACAGACAGUCCAAAGCAAGAUUCCCGACAACGUAAUCUAAAGACUUGACGCUUUAUUAAACGCUUUUUCAUCCAAAAUACAACCCCUUUUCUCCCUCAUCUUCUCAAUCUCCACCAAAGGCCCUCCCUUGCACCAAAACCAGACACAAUGCUCUCUGUGGGUCCCACCCACCCCUACCAUUAUGGCUUAACUCCCUCGCAUCUUUCCAUCACUCCUGCCCUCACCACCAGUUAACCCUCGAGCACUUCUUCUGCUUUACAUUAUUAUAUAAACUCCCCCUUCCUUGUUCUGCACUAUUCCCUUGCAUUCGCCACCUUUUUUCAAACCUUUGAGCUCACCCAUUCGCCGACAAACCCCACUCAUGGCUGACCUCUCUGCUCCUCCUGAUCACAAUGUCUCCCCCAUUCACAUCCUCGUCGUUGAUGACUGUUGGCUUGACCGGAAAAUUGUUCAGAAGGUCCUUCAAACGUCAUUCUUCAAGGUUACUACUGUCGAAAGUGGAGAGAAAGCAAUGGAGGUUCUUGGAUUAAACGAAGAGAACGUCAAACAUUCUACUAGUGUAAAUGACCUAAACAUUGACAUGAUUCUGACGGACUAUUGUAUGCCUGGGAUGAAUGGUCAUGAUCUUCUUGUGGCUAUAAAGGAGAACAGCCAUUCAAAAUCCAUUCCCGUGGUUAUAAUGUCUUCCGAAUAUAAUGCAUCAAGAAUCAGCAGGUGUCUCACGGAUGGUGCUCAAGAGUUCAUACAGAAACCCCUCAAAAUUAAAGACGUUCAGAGACUAAGAAGCUAUGUGAACCCGGCAGCACCAACUACCAAAACAGGGGCAAAAAUAAAAGUUCUAAUUGAUCAGAUGCCAGAAAGUAAAGAAGCUGAAAGGCGACCGCCUCCGCUAGCUGGAGUUGCUGUUGCAUGACCUGAUCAGAAUCCAUACAACUCCUCGUCCUCAAGUUUUUGGCUUUUCAUUGGCAUUUUCUUCCUUUUUUCUUCUUUUCCCCUAUGUAAAGGAUCCUAGUGUGUUUGUCUCAGCUAGCUGCUGUGAUUUACUGUUGUUUGCUGUUGCCUGUUGGUUCUUUGGGAUGUGAAUGUUUGCACCAUUUUUGUACAAUUGAACCUUUGAGUAGCCAUUUUCCAUGUUAAUGAAUGCUUUUUGCCAAGAAAUUGCAAACCUAA